AUGGAACAAACAUAUGAACGUCUUUCUCUUUUCGACAAUGCUCUCGUUUGUUAUUAUAAAGCGCCUUCUAUUCACGAAAAACUGAACGAUAACCAAACAAACUAUUAUCAUAGACUAGCUGCGAUCUAUGUCGGUAUUGCUGAUAUCUAUUCAGCUAAACACGACAAAGAUAAAUCUUUGAAUUAUUUACAUGAUGCAUUUAAUACAGAAUUAAAUAUUGAACAACCGAGUACAGAAGUUCUUCUAAAUUGUUACAACGAUAUUAGUUUUAUUCUUUUUACAAAAGAGAAAUAUGAUGAAUCUCUAUUCAAUUACGAAAAAGCUGUCGAUAUUAAUAUGCAAAUAUAUCUAGCAACACAUCCAAAUAUUGGUACUAUACAUACUUAUGAACAUCGAACAUCACUUGAUAUCCAACUUGCGUCUCUGUCAGUUGACCAUUCUGACAUUGCUCGAUCGUUUAAUAAUACUGCUGGCAUUUAUCAUUCGAUUGGUUGCUAUGAAGAUGGACUGUGGUUUUGUAAAAAUGCAUUAAAUAUUUAUUUGAAACGUAUGCCAGAAAAUCAUCCCAAUCUUGCUAUUUUAUAUGGUAAUAUGAUAGAACUCUAUGAUAAGUUAGGUCGAUUGAAUGAAUCACUAGAUUUACGAUAUAAAAAGCUUGAUAUUUAUUUAGCUACUUUACAAUCAGAUGAUCCUAAGAUCUGUAUUACUGAAAGAGUAUUUGGCGAAGCUCAUCCUGCGACACAAACCUUUUGUAAAAAUUUGGAGGAAAUAUUGAAUCAUAUAUCCUCAGAAGAUUUCUGA